CAAGAGUUUGCCGCUGGCAAAUUUGCUUUACGUAGUGGUGUGCAGGCAAGUUUAUAGUUCUAUGGUAAUAACCCAAACUAACCUAAAAAUUAGCCCAUUGGUAAGUGGUAACAAAGAACAAUUCAUAUUGUUGUGUAAACAAGUUUUAGAUUAUUGUUUACCAUUUAUCUUAGAUCAUAUGGUAUAUUACAUAUGAUUUUGUUUACGGUCUCCGCCAUUUUUGCGGCUUUUUGUUAUUCUGCUCUCCUGCCUGUGCACGUGCUUCGCCCUCGAAUGUCGAUGCUUAGUCAUUUCAAUGUCUGAAAAAUUUGUUGUUUUUUUCAAUAAAACAUUGUGUGAAAAGUAAAAAUUAAUUCAACUAGUGAAAUUUGAACGUGUUUACUAUCUAUUGUUGAGUAAACGGACGUUUCGUCCCCGUCAUUAGCAGACGUUUCAUCCUACAAUAUUGUUUGGUUGACAUUUAUCUCAGGUAUUAUUUUAAACAAUAAUUCAAAUUUAAAUAAUUAAACAAUAUGAAGUUCAUUUUUCUAUUCAAUAUAAGCCAUUGUUAUAGUUAAACUUGAAGCAAUUUUUUUUUAAAUUUCAAAAAAUAUCCUUAUAAUGAAACCUAUGAUAUUAUGAUAGUAGUUUUCUUCCCAUUAUUCUAACCUGAUUGAUUGAAGUUUGGUCUUGGGGUGGAAAAUUUUUUUUUUGAAAAACGUCAUAUACAUAUAUUUACCAUUUGCCUGACGAAUAUCCUGUGGUUAAAUUUUCAAUUUUCUCUUUUUCCGUCAAGCUACGAUCAGAGGUCGUUAAGAGGUGUAGGUUUGCAAUCUUAAAUAGUUGUAUUAUUUACAAAUGCUGUCAGGGGUUAAAAUUAAACCUAAAAUAUUGGUAAAGCUAUUAGUGCCUUACUAAAACGCCAGAGUCAGAAUUUUGUUCUUUAAAUUUUUUAAUCCUUUUCAAUGACUUGGCUUUUGGGUAGGUAACAAAUAAAAGUGUUACUCUCGUAUAUUUUUCAAGGAAAUUGAAAAAUGGAAAUUCUAACUGAAGAAUGUUAAUAAGAUAAGGAAGAGAAAUGGAAAAUAUUUAGAUGAUUUUUCAAUACUUUGAUUUUUUUUUUUGACUCCAAGAGACAGAUUUUCAGAGAGAUUAAAAUUUUUCUUAGACUGCAAACUCUCACUUCAUAAUUUGUCAUAUCUCUGUGACAAACGGGAAAAGUUUUAAGUAUUAAGAGUUUGACAAUAAACUUUAGAACUAAUCAUUUUCUUGAAAUGUGCCUUGAUCCAAUCAAUUUUAUUAAAAAUUUGAAAACUCAUUCAAAUUAUAGUUUUGGAUAGUAAAUGGAGACAAAUUGACCAACUUAUAUGAUAGAUAAGUUUUGUAUAGCAAUUUGGAAUGUAUUUUAUGAGAACUUUUUUUUUAUUAGAUAUCCUCAACUGCUUGUUCCACUAACCUAUGUUAAAUUCUUUGAUUUAUCAACUGUCAUUAAUAUAUUAGAAGAAACGAUUCUAGAUACUCGUAAGUAUCCAAAAUCAUCAGCAAGACCUCAAUUGAUAGAAGAUAGAAGAUUUAUCUUUGUAAAAUGGAUAAUGAGGAUUUGUCGAAAGAAGUAUUUAUAAUGUUUAUAUACAAUUUCUUAAUUAUAAUAUAUUUAUUCAAAGAAUCCUUUGUAUUAUAGAUUGAAUUUUCUGAAUCUUGUAUGAACACUAAAAAAAAUUAUGACCGAGCUGCUAAAGUUGAAGAAGUAAAUAUAUAUAAUUUAGUAUUUAUUAUAAUUAAUAAGUACUUUUAAAAUAUAUACAUGUAUACUUGAUAUCAAACCUUUCCCUUAUUAAUAUUAUUUGUUUUAUCUAUAAUAUUCACUUAUUUAUUAAUUAUGUAUAUAGUUCAAAAUUAUGGAUGUAUUAUGUUUAUAGGCAAGGUGUCAGAAUUUAUUAUACAAUUGUGAAAAUUGUCUCAAAACAGAUUUCCUCUGUGCUGAAGUAUGUUGCUGUCCAAAGGCUCAUUCAUUCUGUUUGAUAUGCAUUAAAAAGUAAUUUUUUAAAUAUUUAUUUAAUGAAGUAUCUACAUAAAUAAAAUGUUUAAUUUAUUAAAUUUUUUUAUUUCAUCAAAUACCAAAAUUGUUUUAGGCUUGUAGAAAAAAAGGUUAGAUUAAGAAAACUAGAAUUUAAAUGCAUGGCUGAUUGUCCUGAAGAUUUGAAUUUUGACAUGCUACUGGUGAGUUUCUUUUAUCACUUAUGUUUUAUAUAUAUUUAAAAUUUAAAUUAUUAUUUUUUUUUAGGAUGUUAUUGAUGAUGAUUAUUUAUAUGACCAAAUGAUAAGAUUGAAGCAAGCAGAAGAUAUGCGCAAUUACUAAAGUAACUCAAUUUUCCAAUGCUUCAGAGGAAGCAAAAUAAACUUUGAAUUGUGAUUCUUAUUUUUAUAUUUCUUUGAUUUUAUUGAAACUUGAACACAAUUUUAUUUGUGUAGAACUAAUUAUGGCUUGAUAUCAAUUUCCCUAUAAUUUGGGUUUUCUUAAAUUUUCCGCAAGUUACUUCCAUUUAGAAAAGGUGGUAACUCAAAUUAUCACCAUUUUUGUAGAUAAAAUAUGACCAAUAUAAAGCAGUAACUCAUCCUUUAUAAUAAAAACAAAACAAAUAAUAUCUUUUUCAACUUGAAAAGUCUAAAAUACAAUAUAAUAUAUAUAUUAUAGUAAUUAAUAACAUUAGAAACUCUAUAUUGUAAACAAAAACAAUUAAAAUCUUUCUAACAUUAAUUUAAAAUAUAAAAUGUAAUAGGAAUCAAGCAUUUAUCAUGUUGCCCUCUGUCUUUUUUUCAUAAGAUUAAUUUGUAUGGAAUCUAUUGAACUUAAAUUGUAUUCUAUCUCAAGUAAAUAAGGAUAUUCAAAAUUAACAAAUAUUUCUUUUACCUUAUUAUAAUUCAAUGUUUUUUUUUUAUCAGAUUCAGUUUUUCAGUUGAAUAAUGUAUUUUUUACUAGUGGUUUUAAAUCUAAGAAAUCAUUAUAAGACAUUUUGAAAACAGUAUAUGGUUCACCUUUUACUUUGGCACAUUUAAUUAAUGUAACCCAUUGAUCAGACGUGUAAAUUAUUUUGUCUUAACAUUGAAUCACCCCUCAUUUUAGGUGUGUCCUCUUUCUAAAAAUCUGUGUUUGAUUUUUAGUUUUAAAGCAUAUGCGACAUACUCCCCAUAGAAUAAACGAAACAGUUUUGAUUCUGCCCACACACAAUUUUCUGAAUAUAAUACAACACACCUUGAAGAUAGUUUUCAAAAACUUGAAUAAACAAGUUAAAAUCUCAUUUGAACCUUUAUUACCUUCUGACUGAUGCCACAUAAAGUAGUAUCCAUGUUAAGAUCUAAUGUCAAAAAUAGUAAAAUUGUAAGUUGAAAAUUAACGUUUGUAAUAAAAACUUCUAACUUAACUGAGGGUGUGUUAAGAACUUUUUCAAGAUCAAAUACGACCACACAAAAUUCUUUGUCCUUAACACUUCUUUCUUAAUCAGCAUUAUUUUUUUCCCUAGCAAUAUUUUAUUCUGAAUAUGUUUACUAUUCAAAUCUUUUUCCUUAUCUUUAAUUUUUAGGAUCUUGUACCUCUCAAAAACAUCACAUAAUUCUUUUAACUCCUGAAAAUUAUAAUUAUAUAAUAAAAUAAUAAAGCAAAAACAAAAUUAUUAAAAUGGUUUAUACUCAUAAAUAAAUAUAUAGAUAAAAAAUAAAUCAAUGAAGUUUAUUAUACGACCAGUUUCAAAUUAAAAAUUCAUCAUCAGGUAUAUCACAUUCAAAAUGUAAAACACGAAUCACGUCACAAUUUUUUUAAUAAUUUUUAAUUAAUUUAUAUAUUUUUUCAAUAUUUUAGGAAAUCAAAUGGUUACUUCCGAGCAUCAUACAAUUUUAGAAGACAGUAUUGUCCAAAAUCCAUAUUCCAAACUACAACUCAAUAUACAAACUGAUGAAAAACAUUGUGCUUUUAUAGAUUUAAUCAUGUAUGCUAGCUGUAAUCACUAAUAGGUAGUUAUUGCGUAUUAUUUUGUAAAUAAAUAGUGUUUCUUUAAAUUUCUCUAGUUUAGUAUCAGUGUGAUAAUAAAUAAAACGAUAAAACAAUAAAUCUUACAAUUCUACAUUCCGUAAAAAUACAUUUUUAUUCUGGAAUUAUACAUUCCAAGAUUCCAAGAUUUUACAGCUUCCCAUAGAACUGAUGAAAGAAAACUUCUAAAUUAUCUUUCAUAUUUCAAUCAUUUCCAAAUACUGCGAGUUUAAUAAACACAACUAUUUUAAAUUUAUUAAUAAUGUACUCACUUUGCAUUAUAAUAAUUAAUUGUUCCCCUGAUUCCCUGUAUAUCAUACAAUAAUAAUCAUUCAAUUUUGUUUUAAGAUAAAAAUUUGUUAAAUAAUGUACAAUGUAUAACAACUAAAUUAUUUAUACAUUUAAAAUAUAUAUUAAGAAAAACUAACUUUAAAAUUUACUUUAUUUGUAUUUUUUUAAUGUAGUAUGUUUUAUCAAAAUCAAAUUAACUAAUAUUAAUAAUUUAUAAUGUCUCGCAAUAUCAUGUGUUUGAUUUGAUAACACAUUCAGCAUUGAAAUUAUGAUAUAAUUUUGUUUACUAAGUUAAAAAAAUUGUGUUUAGUUUGCUUAAUACUUUUUUUUUUAUUACUAGUGGUUUUAGUUGCUAUUUACUUUAUUUAAAACUUUUUAAUUAAUUAAUUUUCAGAUAUUAAAACAGUUGUAUUAAAUAUCAAUUUCAUUACAUUAUUAUUAUCAUACAAUAAUAAUCAUUCAAUUUUGUUUUAAGAUAAAAAUUUGUAUUUGUAUAGUUUACAUUAAUGUCAAAAUUUGUUAAGUAAUGUACAAUGUAUAACAAUUAAAUUAUUUAAACAUUUAAAAUAUAUAUUAAGAAAAACUAACUUUAAAAUUUACUUUAUUUGUAUAUUUUUAAUGUUUUAUGUGUUUUCAAAAUCAAAUUAACAAAUAUUAAUAAUAAUUUAUAAUGUCUCACAAUAUCAUGUGUUUGAUUUGAUAACACAUUCAACAUUGAAAUUAUGAUAUAAUUUUGUUUACUAAGUUAAAAAAAUUGUGUUUAGUUUGCUUAAUACUUUUUUUAUUACUAGUGGUUUUAGUUGCUAUUUACUUUAUUUAUAACUUUAAUUAAUUAAUUUUCAGAUAAUAAAACAGUUGUAUUAAAUAUCAAUUUCAUUACAUUAUUAUUAUCUUACAAUAAUAAUCAUAGGUAUAAAACAAAACUUAAUGUAUAAUAGAAAUACAAUUAUCAAGUCUAAGGUAUUUAAAAUUGUUUAAAAAAAUAUAAAUAUAUUACACUAAAC